AUGACCACGAUUGCAAGAUUUCUCGCUCUCAAGUACAAUCUGGAAGACCAAUCAAAAUUGGAUGUAAACCUUAUUAAGGAGUGCCAGAAGAAAAGACUAAUGGACACCAUUAAAUCUAAGAUGAUACAUUCAACGCUGUUUAAAUGCAUUCAGGAACCGAGUGCUGAUAUCGUGGAGUCCAAUGUAUGGCUAGCCAAUGGGAACAAUGGCCCAAAGGCCGAGGCACUAUAUUGCUUGGCCCAGGAUCGCAAUUUGUUUUUCGGAGAGGCAAAGCCUAAUUGUAACCAUUGCGGCUCGGCAAGAAAAACCGUGGAUCACCUAGCUACUCGAUGUAGCAGAAUGCUUCACGGGUCAUACAUGCGAAGACACAAUGAAAUUGUCAGAUGCAUACAUCUACACGUCUGUCGUCAGUACGGAAUAAAGAAAUGCAAGAAAUUGAAAGCACACUCAGUCCAGUCGGUCGUGGAAAAUAGUCGUGUUGAAAUACGAGUAGACAUGACGUUGCAGACCGACAUUGAAGUUAAAAACAACAAGCCAGACAUUUUCGUGCUUGAUAAAAUGAAAAAUGAGAUAACGAUAAUCGAAGUCGGGGUCACAUCCCAGGACAGGUUAAAGCAAGUCGAAGUAGAGAAACUCCACAAGUAUGAUCUACUUGCUGGAGAAUUGGCACAGAUUCACAAGGCAAAAGUCACGAUAGUCCCUGUCGUAUUGACAUGGGAUGGGGUAGUGACCAAGUUCUAUAAGUCCUACAUGAAAAAGUUGAAUAUAGAGGUCCCGACUAAGGCGUACAUUCAAUCAGUGACAAUCAAGAAAACCCUGGAGAGCAUGGUCGUUGAAUACAAACAUGGCAUGAAGGUCGACAACUACCAAAUUGAGAAGGAAACGGAUAGUCUUAUCGCUAGAGGAGAAGAACUGGGAGUGUCAGUUGACUUGCCAGAGGAGUCUGCUUUCUUACUGCAAUACGAAGAGGAGAGGUGUCAAGACAUGACCGGUCAACGGAGUAGUUCCCCUAAGAGAAGAGAGAAUAUCAAUUAA